UCUCUCUCUCUCUCUCUCUCUCUCUCUACCCUUUUUUCUCUCUACUUCUCGAUCCCAACAAAAAACCCCAAAAAAACCUCGCUUUCUUUCCAAAAAUGGAAUGCCUCGGCUGCGCGAGCUCAGCGGCGCUCUCGGUCUCGUUCCACGACUUGGAGAUUUCGUCGCGCAUGAGUUUGCUUCCGGGCUGCCGUCGCCGGAGGGCGGCGGGGAGGAGCCGGCGACGCGCGGCGGCCGGCUUCGAUAGAGUGGAGGAAUUCGCGACGAGGAGCGACUAUAUAAGGCGGGAGGGAGUUGAGAUUGUUUAUGUUGAAAUGCAGGGGACGAAGGCGAUGGAGUUGCAAGAUAAGAUUUCGGAUAAGCUGCCACCCAUACCUUUCGGUGCUGUCUUGGAUCUGGUGGUGAUUGGCUGUGGUCCAGCUGGUCUUUCUCUUGCUGCAGAAUCGGCAAAGAAAGGAUUGAACGUCGGUCUUAUUGGACCUGAUCUUCCAUUUACUAAUAAUUAUGGUGUUUGGGAGGAUGAAUUUAAAGAUCUAGGGCUAGAAGGUUGCAUAGAGCAUGUCUGGCAAGAUACAAUCGUAUAUCUCGAUAGCAAUGACCCAAUUCUAAUUGGUCGAGCGUAUGGUAGAGUUAGCCGGCAUUUGUUGCACGCGGAGCUUUUAAGAAGAUGCCAGGAGUCUGGAGUGACAUAUCUUAACUCAAAGGUGGAAAAAAUCAUUGAAUCAAAUGAUGGUCAUAGUAUUGUUGCUUGUCAAGGAGAGAUCAUGGUCCCUUGCAGGCUUGCCACUGUUGCAUCUGGAGCAGCGUCUGGGAAACUUCUUGAAUAUGAGGUUGGGGGGCCACGUGUCUCUGUGCAGACAGCAUAUGGUGUGGAAGUUGAGGUGGAAAACAAUCCAUAUGAUCCCAGCUUAAUGGUUUUCAUGGACUACAGAGAUUUUGUGAAAGAAAAAGAACUAUGCCCCGAAGAAAAAUAUCCUACAUUUCUUUAUGUGAUGCCCAUGUCAUCUACAAGAGUAUUUUUUGAGGAAACUUGCUUGGCUUCAAGGCAUGCUAUGCCCUUUGAUCUUCUUAAGAAAAAACUGAUGUCACGCUUGAAAGCCAUGGGUGUUCGAGUAUUGAAAGUCUAUGAAGAGGAGUGGUCUUAUAUUCCAGUUGGUGGAUCCUUGCCAAAUACUCAGCAGAAAAACCUUGCAUUCGGUGCUGCAGCCAGUAUGGUACAUCCAGCCACUGGUUAUUCGGUGGUGAGAUCUUUGUCAGAAGCCCCAAGGUAUGCUUCUACAAUAGCAAACAUACUGAAGAAAAGUGACCAAUCCAGGCAGAACAUUCUCGUUACAAGCGCUCAAAAUCCCUCGAUGUUAGCAUGGACAACAUUAUGGCCUCAAGAAAGGAAACGUCAACGGGCAUUCUUUCUCUUUGGCCUAGCAUUAAUUAUACAGAUGGAUAUUGAUGGCAUCAGAACAUUCUUUCAAACUUUUUUCCGGUUACCAAAUUGGAUGUGGUGGGGAUUCCUUGGCUCGUCCCUCUCCUCAAUGGACCUUAUAUGGUUUGCAUUUUACAUGUUUGCCAUUGCGCCACACAGCAUGAGAAUGUGCCUCGUCAGACAUCUCAUGUCCGAUCCGACUGGAGCCACUAUGGUGAAAACAUACCUCACCCUGUAGAUCACUGCAUAUAUUGGGAAUCGCCUUCCACAUCUUAAGUUUUGAUCAUUGUAUAUAUCUUACCAUCAACAAGUUGCAUCUAUAUGUAGCUUUGGAUCAGAUUGGAGUUCAUAGUAAGAUAUCAAUCUCCAUAUAUAUAUUUGUUAAUAGAUGUUUAAUUUGUGUGUAAAUUGCAGAUAUAAUGAUGGUGUAAUCACUCGCAUACCACUGAAAAAACUCUUAUGUGUUGAUGAGACAUCAAAGUAUCAGCUAUAGUUUCUAAAUCAUCAAUGCUACAUAUUCUAUGCCGGUAGCAACUUGAAGUAUUAAGCUUUUAUUAUCUUGUA